UACUGAAAAAAAUCUCCAAUCGUUCAAUAUUUAUUUACACUUCUAAACAUUGUACUUAUGGAUGAAUUAUUUGCAAGCUUAUUGUUAAUCGACUUUGUGAUAUGAUAUAACAUUUAUUAACACUUCGAUUACACGUUAUUUAUACAUGGUUUGUAUUGUUUUGGAUUUUUUACAAGCAUUCCACAACUGCCACACAUCCUACCUGUCGCAUUGUUCUAUGCCUGUUUUGGAAGUUGUCAUAUUUUAAAUGCCAGCAUAGACCGUCAUUGUCAUAACGAAAUACAUCUGAAUCACGACAACUUUAGUCAGGAGGUUUUUAAAGCAGACUUUCGACUUUAUUUUGUAUGUGAGAAUUUGUUAUCUGAGACAAUUGUGAAAUUUGGUAAUAGUUUUCAAUUUCAGAAGAUUUUAAACGUGAUUGCUUGAACCUUUUUUUAAACAGCAUUUAUUCGUCACUUUUGGAUUUAAAGGACACGCAGGACCCUCCUCUUUUUCAAAUGACAAGAAACAUAUGACAUAUAGUGUCUCCUUUCAGCCUCAAAUUUGACAAAGUUCGGAUAACAGAAAUACAAAGAGCAUCUCAGCUUUCGUGUGUGCCGCCAUUUUGAAAAUCAAUACGUGCUAGUAUCAAAUGCAAUGUAUUGAUACAAUAAAAAUCUGAAGUUAUAAAAACAACAACAGAUGUAAAAAUACUUUUUUUGUCUUAAUCUGUGAUCGGAGAACCGUGAAAUGUUAGGCAGUGGCUGUUCCAGCUUGGGUUGUGAUCCGGAUAGUACUGUCCCGUUUGGUCCAUCCAUAGGUGGCGUACAUUCAGCAGAAUGCAAAGCCGACUUGACAGAAUGCUCCCCUGGCCACGAAAUGGUCAAAUGCAAGGGAACAGAAUUGAAAUACUACUGUCAGCAAUGCAGUGACACGACUUUCCAACCGAAUGCCAACAGAUAUGGAGACCGGUGUCGGUUGAGAAAAGCCUGUUACAACCAGUUCAUGCGAUACAGAGAUUAUGGCAGCACGACACGUGAUGCAAUGUGUAAAUGUGAACCUGGCUACCAUUUUGAAUCAACCGAUCAACGAGCAUGCGUACAAAACAAUUACUGUGAUAGAGGUUAUGGACAAACAGAUUAUGGUUCCUGUGAGCGUUGUGUAGUAGGCAGUACAUAUUCAAAUAAAAAAGACAAACUCCAGAGGUGUAAGACAGUUACAAACUGUGAGAAAGAUAAAAGAUGUACAAUAAAACGUAGCAAUGGAACUGGUGAUAACGUCUGUAGUACAUACAGAGUCAAAAAUCCGUCUAAAGACUGUACAAAUCCACCGCCUGUACACGAAAGAAAUGCACAAAAUGGUGGACUAUCUGAAGGCGCCAUUGCUGGAAUUGUUUUAGGCGUCCUGGCGAUCAUUGUAAUUGUCGUCCUCCUGUUCCUAUUUCUUUUGAGUAGGCGUCGAAAAGCACGUGCUAAGAAUGACCAGAUUGAUCUAGAUCAUUUGGAACGGUUAUUAUCACAGAUUGUGGAAAGAUCUGCAAAAGAAGAACCAUAUCGUAGAAAAGUGUUGACAGCUUCCAUGAGAGAAAUAGAGGAUAACAUUAACAAACAGAUAUGGUCGUUACCACAAGAAUUAUUCCGGAAUCAUACUCGAGAUGCUAAAUAUGAACUAGUUGUGGAACAAUAUAAAGACAAAGAUCACAAAUAUGCCAUCAAUGGUUACAUGCAGGAUUGGCGGGAAUGGCGAGAGGAAGCUGGUGAUGCUGUUGAAGAACUGUUUGCCUGCUUGAAAAAGGUCAAACGGGAGGACAUCAUUUAUAAAAUAUGUAGCAAAUUUAGAGAAGCUUAUCCUGAAGUUGUGAUUGAUGCAGAAACCCAACUAGAAAAUGGUGUAGUUAGCAGACGCUCAAAGCGUCAAAAUAAGGAAGGAGUAAUGGAUGUUUUGUUUCCUUGUUGCUCAGCACAGGAUAAGUACGAAACCGAGGAAAAUGAACAAGUUAAAUUCAUGCUUGAUGAUUCGAAAGAUGCCGCGGCACCACCACAAACACUUGAAUUUGAACCAAAUGAAAAGGGCAAUAACUCUAAUGAUUCUAAUGACAAUGGCGCCUUGACGCCACAGGAAGCUGGAGAUGUAUAUCGUGGACAUCCAACACCAAGUGCUCCUGUACUGGAUGAUUCAGGCAACAUUCACAUUAUUAUACCAAUGAAUAGGUCCGUGUCAUAUCCUGUUCAAGCUAGUUCAUAACUGGUGCUACGACUGUUUCUAUUGGUUAAAGGUUAAUGUGCUAAUAUCUAUAGCGUGUUCUAAAGCUUUUGUGCUUGAACUUUAGGGUUAAUAUCAGUUCAAGCAUGAUUCCUUGCCUCUUUACAUGUGUUCAUGAGAUCAGAAUUGAUACUAAAAGCGGCAUUAAUCUGUAAAAUGAUUAGAAUGAACUUAAUAAUGAAGAUCGAUUUCACAUUUGCAUAAAAGACAUUGGCCAAGGGACCAAACGCAAAAUUAUACAAUGUUUAUUGUAAGCUACAAGAGACAUAGUUUUUGAUAAUGUUUAUAUUAACUUUUGCAUGAAAUGCAAAUUUUAUGUUGUAAAUUUGACACCGUUUCAUCAACAAACGGAAAACAAUUCAAGAAAGACAACUCAAUCUCAAACUAACAUUGAAGUAAUAAUUUGUAUGACAGAAAUAUCAGUGAAUGAACAAAGACAAGAAUUCCUGAAUUCAUUGAACAUUGGAUGUGAGUUGUGAUAUUUGAAUCCUUUUCAAAAAAGGGUUUAAUGCCUGUUACUUUAAUUAAAGUGCUUUUAUUUUUGUUUUGUAACAUAGGAUUUAAUCUUUUAUGAAUGAUUGUAAUGUGUAGAAGAAAAAAUAAACGUUUUUGUGUAAAACUAUAUAUACAUAUAUAUAUACUUGUGAAUAAAUGAUAUGUCUAACAAUUAUGAGGGGCAUGUAGUCAAUGGUUAUAACGAUUCAUAUUUACUAUUUGCUUUAUAACAUGUAUUACUUAUUAUCAGAUAAUUACAAUCGUAGACUUAUUUUUAACAGCUUUUAAAACAAGCAUACCAGUAUUCACAUUCAUCUUUUGUUUUUUAAGUGUUUUUCAAAACAUUAUUAAAAAUUCAAAACUUACCCACAAAUUGAUCACAACGCACUUCAAAAAAGAAAUGAGAUUUAAUACUAAAGUGGAAAAAGUUAUAUUUUGAUGAUUAUUUUAGACAAGAAGUAAUGUGCAGUUUAUUUCUGGUUCAUAAAAAUCAAUCAAAAAAAUAUAAUAGAAUUCAAUAUUGGGGAACUAUUUAAUAAAACAAAAUAAGAUAUAGAAACACUAUGAGGAAUGGGUAUUGUUUGGCUAUUGGUCACUUUUGGUUAAAUUUGAAAGUAAUUUCAUAAAACAUAUGUGUUGAAGGCAAUACCUUGACCUAUAAUUGAUUACUUUUAUAUUGUUAUUUGAAUGGAGAGUUGUCUCAUUGGCACUCAUACCAAAUCUUCCUAUACCUAUAUAUCAAUAUAGAUACUUACAACCUAUGUGUUGCUCAAAUUGUUUCAUGAAUAAGAAUAACUAUUAAUAUGAUAUAUAAGUUGUUUAUAUAUAUAAGAUUUCAUAUUCUGAAAUUUUGUAAGGCGAGCCAUGAACACGUAAAGUAUAUUCUUAUAGAUAAUGUAUGUCACAAAGAUUAUCAUAUGAUACAUCCAUACCAGCAUUUACAAAUUAAAACUGCUAAGAGAACAAAACCCGUUGUUUUAUUAUUUCUAUCUAAAAUUAACAAGAAAUUAUAGUUUUAUGCAAACGAAAUAAAAAGAAAUAGAUUAACCCUGAUAUUGAUACUGUUUGAUAUUUAAACAAAUAUAUUUCUACAUGUAUUAUUUUUUUUAAUUGAUUUUUGCUGAAAUUUUAACUAAAAGAAAUUAAAAAAAGGAGAUUGUCGAUUCAAUCAUUUGUUACUUGUUUGCUUCUUUGCGUAUAAGUCUAACAACAUUAAUAUAUUAUAUAUGUAUAAUGUAAAUGUCCUUUUUUGUGCAGUUGUUUAAAAGGUUUACCAGAAAUAAUCUUUCUCCUAGAAAAAAAGUGGUCAAAUUAUAAUUUAAAUAUUUUUCAUGUUUAUUCAUCAUAUCAGAUGUUAACCAAAUGUAAUGUAUCAUAUAUAUGGUAUCUUUUUUCAAUUCAUUUUUAUUUUAUUGUUGCAUUUACUAAAUGUUCAUUAUUACUUUCACAUAAUUUUGGUUGUAACUGAAUUAAAUAAAAAUUGCAUUGCAUUUACUAGCAAAAAAUAUGUUCUUUACAUUUCUUUUGUUUUAAAAUUUCAUUAUAAAAGAAGACAAAAAUAUUUGCAAUAUUUCAUAUCACAUCAUCAAAACAAAAUGUGCAGUAUAUAUAUUUAAAGUUAAAAGCAAUUAAAUCUCCAUAAACAUUGAAUUUGUCCACUUAUUUCAUACUAACCAUCUUAUUUUUUACAAAUAUCUGAAGACAGCAUAAUUAUAAAAAAAAAAAUGCAAUAUUCAAUAUCUGUCAGAAUAGAUAUUAUGAUUAGUACUGUUAAUUAUUCAAAAUGUCAAGUCCCUUUUUCUCAUUUGAAAUCCUUAUUUUCUGUGUAUACAUGUUAUAAGUUCGAUUAAAUGUAUUUGUCAUAAUUUACUUGCUAUCUUAAUUAAAUUGCAAUGUCAUCUACAUUUAGCUAAUAAAACUAUUUUGUUAUAA